AAAAGGCAAAAAGCUGUGUGCAGCCUGUCUAAAGUUGAAGCCUGAGUGGAGUGACUAUACACCAAACUGAGAGGAGCAUACCAACUGACCUGAGUGCAACCGGACAGGUUGAGGUGGAUGAGAUUGUGGCAGCCCUUCCCUGUGGUCAGGGUAAGCAGCAGCUGUGUUACAUCAACAAUAACACUGUUCACCUUUGACCCAUUGCUUCUGUCUCCGAGCCCAUUUUUCGUAAGACUUUCAUCCCAAACUCUUGCCUUGGCUCAAGCUCUUCUUACUGAAAAGACAAUCCCUGCAGGGUUCAUUAUGCGUGUGACCUCCUCACUCCUCUUAGCCUCCUUGCUCCUCCUCUUGCUCCAGACCACCGAGAUGAAAAAACCGGGGAAGGGCAGAGGCCUCAGAGGAGCAAGACAUAAACUCACGAGGGACAGGGUAAAGGGUGCUGGGCGUCACAGCAGAUCAGGUCCCUCCAGGCUUGCAGCAGCUGACUGCUCAGAACUGACAGAAUCUAGAGAAGUCUUUGUAGACUGUCAGGAUCGACGCCUCGCCUCCGUUCCCACCUCGCAGACCUGGUCCAACCAACCAAAGCACCUCCUCCUAGCCCGCAACCGGAUCAAAGUCCUUCGUGAAGGGGCCUUCUUUGGAUAUGAGAGUUUAACCAGUCUGGACCUGCAGCAGAAUCAGAUCUCUUUAGUAGAAGAAGGGGCCUUCCAGGGUCUGACACGCCUUACAACCCUGCUGCUGCAGCACAAUCGCCUGGGAACACUUAGCGAGGAGGCCCUCAUCAUCAUGCCGAACCUCAACUAUCUACGUCUAUAUGAUAAUCCAUGGAACUGUCUCUGCCCGAUGGACAGUCUCGUCCGCACCCUUCAGGUCCCGAGCAACCGUAAUCUAGGAAAUCAUGCCAGGUGUGCAGAACCCACCAGACUAAAAGGCAUGAAGUUGAAGCAGGUUGACCCCGAGUUACUCUGUAAGGAGAAGGACCCAACCAACGACCCACAGGGCGACGACGACACCGAUUCCCUAUUCCCUAUAGAGCCCAUUCCAAUUCGCACCAAACCAGACGCCACCACAUCUUGUCAUACCUACCAUUUCCCCCAAAAACGGAUGGACUGCAGUAAACGAGGUCUAACUGAGGUGCCCACAGGUAUUCCAGACGAUGUUGUUCAUAUCGAUCUGUCCCAUAACUCAAUCCAUCAUCUCAGAGCCAGAGAUUUCCAAGGAGCGAGGAGCCUCAGAACCCUAAACCUGACUAAUAACAACAUGGAGCGCAUCGACACAGCUUCCCUGUCUGGACUCCUGCACCUUCGUGAGUUGGACCUAUCUGACAACAGCAUACAUUUUGUCAAGUACGGGGUUCUUGAAGACCUUUACUUCCUGUCACAGCUAAAACUGGGAGGAAACCCAUGGGUGUGUGACUACAGCAUCCACUACAUGGUGUACUGGCUGCGUCUGCACCCAGGGGUGAGGCACUCUGGCCUGCUGUGUCGUUCCCCUCCUGAACAUACUGGGGAAAGUGUGGAGGAGUAUGUGCAUUCCUACAACAGAGAGUGUCCAAAGGACAGACAGCACAGCAGAACUGAUGAGGACCAAACAGACCCUGAGCUAUGGAACACAGCAAUGGAAGUGCAGGGAGAGCUGGAGGAGGAGCUGGAGCCGAGCCACUUGAGAGCGCCACAGAAAUACCAGAUUAUCAGGCUGUCCUGAAAAUGUGACCUAAAAUUUGACUUUAGAAAAGGCUUGUGUUUUCCUUUCAAUAUUGUGUAACAGUCUGUAUCAGAUGGAGAAACUAGAUUUUUCAGCAGUACUUUUAUGUUUUGUCAGUGUUGUCGUUUUAAUUAAAAUAUAAGAAUGAUCACA